UGAAAGUUUCAGGAAGUGAAGAAACUCGAGGCGCUUCUGUUUUUCAACACAAAUCACAUUUUUACAGUGAUGUGCUGAAGAAGUUUGUAGGUCUGUAAACAUCACAGGAGUCUGAUCUAAGACGAGAGAAAGUGUUUGUUUUCUCAAGGAUCACAUCCCAUCAGAACUCAAAUCAAAGGGUGUUUAUGAGCGGGAUCGAGGGCCAUCAUGAGUCGUCCGCCCUCCAUGCAGUCUCAGAUGUGUGGCCCCUGGGAAUUGAAGGAACGUUUGGGGACCGGAGGAUUCGGGAAUGUCACACUCUGGCAAAAUAAGGACACUAGUGAUCAGAUCGCCAUCAAACAGUGUCGGCAGGAACUCAGUGCCAAAAACAAGGGCAGAUGGAGUUUAGAGAUACAGAUCAUGAAGAGGUUGAAUCACAUGAAUGUUGUGGCAGCGAGAGACGUUCCAGAAGAACUCCAGAAACUGGCCACGAAUGAUCUUCCAUUACUGGCUAUGGAGUACUGUCAGGGCGGAGACCUACGCAAGUAUCUGAAUCUCCUGGAGAACUGCUGUGGGAUGAGAGAGACCGCUGUACUGACACUCAUUCAGGACAUAUCCUCGGCGCUCACGUACCUUCAUGGGAUGAGAAUUAUUCAUCGAGACCUUAAACCAGAAAACAUCGUCCUUCAGCAGGGAGAGAAGCGGUUGGUUCAUAAGAUCAUAGAUCUGGGAUACGCUAAAGAGUUGGAUCAGAGCAGUCUCUGUACGUCUUUCGUCGGGACGCUGCAGUAUUUGGCUCCUGAGCUGUUGGAACAGCAGAAAUACACGGGCGCUGUGGAUUACUGGAGCUUUGGGACGCUGGUGUUUGAGUGUAUCACAGGAUUCAGACCCUUUCUGCCAACCUGGCAACCCGUUCAGUGGCACAGCAAGGUGUCAAAGAAACACGAGAGAGACAUUGUGGUUUAUGAGGACCUGAUGGGAGAGGUUAGAUACUCUGAACAUCUGCCUCAUCCACACAAUCUCAACAAACUGUUAGCCGGUGAACUGGAGCGCUGGUUACAACUGAUGCUCCGAUGGUCACCUAAAGAGAGAGGUAAAGAUCUGAAACAACAGAGCAGAGAGAGUCAAGACGCACCUAAAGAGCCGGAGGAGGACAGUAAAGAAACCUCAGACACAGGAAGAGACCCUCCGAAGGGAACCUGUUUCUGUUUUGAUGAAUUGAGAAGCAUUCUCAAUCUGAAGCUGGUGCACGUGUUGAACAUGACCACCUCUGAAAUAUUCACCUACACCGUACAGCCGGAUGAUGAUGUGGCGUCCCUCCAGGAGCGAAUCGCACAGGACACUCGCAUCCUUCCGGCCAAUCAGGAGCUGCUCCUGGAGGCGGGACUUGCCCUCGAGCCGCACAAUAACAUCAUGCAGUGUGCCAUCGAUUAUAGCAUGUUGGACAUGCGGCGAGCCGAAGAGCCGCUGGUUUUUCUCUUUGAUCGUUCCUGCAGCAGUUAUGAGCCGCAGUUCAGUCCCAGAGUCCUGCCGGAAAACAUCCGAUUCAUUCAGAACGACAGCAAGCGCACGCUAGCAUACGGCUCUCAGAGACGCACGUUGGGUCAAGCGUGGCACACCAUCCGCUCGCUCAGAGAAGACUGGCAGAGACUUCAGCAGGGACAGAAAGUGGCCAUAAUGAGUCUUCUCAGACACAAUGGAACGCUGUCGAAGCAGAAGAAUGAGAUGGUGUCCAUGCAUCAGAGACUUAAAGCCACGCUGGAGUUCUUCAGCACCAGCUUACACAUCGACAUCGAUAAAUACCAGGAACAGAGAGCUUCAGGGAUCGCGUCUGAAAAACUGUUGAGUGUCUGGCGUGAGAUGGAACAAACUGCUCUCAACUGCGGACAGACGGAGGAUGUGAAUAAGUUGGAAGAGGAGAUGAUGAGCCUACAGACAGACAUCGUGGAAAUCCAGAGACAGCCGUGGAGGAACGGAGAGGCUUUAGAGACACUUGAAGUGAAAGCGAUGGAUUCGUUCCGGAAGCUGCGAGAGAAGCCCAGAGAGCAGAGAUGCGUUGGCGACUGUCAGGAGGUCAUUAAACUGGUGGUUCAAGCCAUUCAGUUUUAUGAGAAGAAGUUACGGGACUUUUACACACACCUGAGUAAGACGAUGGUGUGUCGUCAGAAGGUUCUGGAGUUGUUGCCGUGUGUGGAGGGGAUGGUGAGUGCCAUGGCUGAAAGCGAGAAUCAACUUCUUCAUCUACAGGAGAAGAGACAGAAGGAGCUGUGGAACCUGCUCAAAGUGGCCUGUAGUAAAGUUCGUAGUCCAGUGAGCGGCAGUCCAGACGGAGGUCGAACGCCACCGGGACCUCUGUCCAACAGACCGCCACAUCCCAGCAGCCUCUUCUCUCUGCCCCAGACAGACGAGUCUCAUCUUGCGAUUGAGGAGAGCAAGUCGUUUGAGAAUCGUCUGCAGAGUUUAGUACAAGAAACCAUUCAGGAGACUGAGACCAGCAUGCAGAUGUUGAGGCAGUGGAGCUGGUUGAAUGGAGGACAGGAUCUGUCUUGAUUCAGCUCAGGUGUGACUGUUGUGCGCGUGCGGACACGUGAUGCUCUGCUGGCGCCUGCUGGAGGAUUCAUGACACUGCAGACGAUGCUGACUGUUAUUCUACUGGAGUUCCUCUCUUUUCUUCGAGCAUCAUUUCUUGACCAGUUUAUUUUAGUGUGAAAUUAGCACUGCGUUCACAGGUCAUGAGUUUGAUUCCCAGAGAAAAUAAAUGAACUGUAAGGUG